CAGAAAAAACCUCAGCCAUCCCUUAUUCCCUCCUCUUCUAUAUAAUCUUCCUCAUAAAACCCUAACUUUCCUCAUCUCAAAAUCCCUAAAUCAUUUUCAACAAUGGCGUCUGCAAUUUCUCCACCACAUCAACAACAACACCCACACCUCCUCCGCCCCUCACCACCACCCCCAGAAACCACCACCACUUCCAUGAUAGAACCACCACCAAUUUCAUCAUCAUCAUCAUCAGAAACAUCAACACCCCACCACCUAACUCAAGACGAAUUGAAAAAAAUGGCAGCAUACAAAGCAGUAGAGCUAGUCAAAUCCGGUAUGAUUCUCGGCUUAGGCACCGGCUCAACAUCAUACUACGCCGUCAACAGAAUCGGAGAGCUUCUAAAAAACGGCACAUUGAAGAACAUCAUCGGAAUCCCAACUUCAUUGAAAACAAAACAACAAGCUAUUUCAUUGGGUAUACCGAUUUCCGAUUUGGAUUCUCACCCUGUUCUUGAUUUAUCGAUUGACGGUGCCGACGAAGUUGAUCCGGGGCUCAAUCUCGUCAAAGGCCGUGGCGGGUCGUUGCUCCGGGAGAAAAUGAUUGAAGGGGCGUCCAAGAAAUUGGUUGUGAUUGUGGAUGAGACUAAGUUGGUUGAGAAAUUGGGGUCUAGUACCGGAUUGGCGAUGCCGGUGGAGGUUGUGCCCUUCUGUUGGGGGUACACGGCGGAGUGUUUGAAGAGGUUGUUUAAUGGGUGUGAGGUGAAAUUGAGGAUUGGGGGUGAUGGGAAGCCGUUUAAGACGGAUAAUGAGAAUUAUAUUGUGGAAAUGUAUUUUGGGGAAGAUAUUGGGGAUUUGAAUGUUGCUAGUGAUAAGAUGCAUAGGAUUGUUGGUGUUGUGGAGCAUGGGAUGUUUAUUGAUAUGGCGACGACUGUUAUUGUUGCUGGGGAGCGUGGAAUCACUGUCAAGCAUAAAGCUUCUUCUUGAGAUGCACUUGCAAAGGCUUCCAUGGUCUGUUAUAUCAAGCUGAAUCGAUGUUGCAUUCUAAAUGCCUUGAAUGGUUCUACAUUAAAAAGCAAUACAUCAGAUUAUUUGGACUUGCAAUGUGCACAGUACCGGAAACAGUUCAGUGGGACUAUGCUACCAGACUGUACAGACUCGUAACCGAUUAACUAGAUAAAAUCCGUCAUGCCGCAGCUAAGAAAGAAUUCUUCAGCUUGUGGGGCAGACACGGCCUGCACCUAAAAUAAAAACUCCAGGUCCAGUUCACAAAGUCGUGUCCCUUCUCUGUGACUGACCUUGCGGUUCUUCAUAGAAAAUUUGUUCUCCUUUUAAAAACUAAAUCUCCUGUAUCCUCAUUUGCACUAGCAAAAGGAAAAAUAUACAAGAAGAAAAUCAAUUAACAAGUGCAACAACAGUUCUACGCAAAAAA